AUGGGCUAUUACACUCACUUGGUUCCCUUCAAUGCCAAAAUUAUUGAAACAACCGUCACUGACGAGGCUUCUGUAGCAGAAUUUUGGGUUCUCCAGGUUCGGUCCAAGUUCAUGUUCCAUGGGCAAAAACUUACUAUUGCAGGGUUGAACUGUAAAUGGAAAUCUCAUCCAAUAAGAUCAAUGAGCAACAAAAUUGCCACUCUACAACUCUGUGUUGACACCAUGUGCCUCGUUAUUCAGCUCCUCCACAUUAACCACAUGCCUCAGUUCAUCAAAACCUUUCUCAGUGACACGGACGUGGUUUUUGUGGGAAUCGACAUUGAAGAGACUGUGUUUAAACUCCAGAAUGAGUAUGGACUGAGUUGCGGAAGGAUUAUUGAUGUUCGUUCCUUGGUUAAGGCAUGGUUCCCACUCAGCUACUAUGGGAAGCCUGGUUUGAAAGUUCUUGCUAACCGAUUGGUGGGGCUCCAUAAAUGGAGACCAAGUGGUGAUGAGUGCCUCAAUAACAUGGACACUAGGUUUCUUGACGAGGAUCAGGUUAAGUUUGCAUGUAUUGAUGCAUAUGCUUUGUGCAGGAUUGGUCACAAGCUUCUCAAGGAAGAUGAAAGGGCUUCUCAAGCAUAUGUGAGUGGAUGA